AUGGAAGGCACAUGGAAACCCCAGAAGGGCGUGUCUAGAUACAGAGACACGCAGGCGGCUAUUGUAGGAGCGGGAAUAUCUGGUGAGCCUUCGGAUCAUGCAAGGAAUCAACUGAGUAAUACUGAUGGGUUUCCAACUCUAGGCAUCUGCAUGGCAAUCAAGCUUUUGGAGGCGGGAAUAAAGAACAUUGUGAUAAUUGAAAAAAGCUGCGGAUUUGGCGGGACUUGGAGGGACAAUAGAUACCCUGGAUGCCGAUGCGAUGUCCCGGCCCAUCUUUACUCAUUCUCGUUCGCUCCGAAUCCAGAUUGGACUCGAGUCUACCCCGACCAAAUCGAAAUUCUGGAGUACUUGAACAAGGUCGCGGCCGACCAUGACCUCUUCCGCUACACAACUUUUGCAGCUGUGGUCCGACGUGCCGAAUGGGAUGAGAGCAGCAACAAAUGGCUUAUCGACGUGGAGCACCAGAGCUCCAAGGACUCAGAGUUUGAAAGAUCUUUCACUAUCACUACAGAUUUCCUCAUCAGUGCAGUUGGGCAACUAAACGUACCUUACACACCCAAAAUACCAGGAAUCGAGAGUUUUCAGGGAAAGGUGAUGCACACGGCUCGCUGGGCCCACGACACCAAUCUUGAGGGUCUGCGGGUUGGAAUCAUCGGGAAUGGCGCGACGGCUGUUCAGAUCAUACCAGAAGUAGCUCAGCAAACAGCGAAGCUCACGUUGUUCCAAAGAAGUCCAAACUGGGUCAUGCCGCGCGAUGACGAGGAGUACCCGGCACUCACCAGAUUCCGUCUCAAGUAUAUCCCAAUGGCCAGGAGCAUGUACCGGGUCGGACUGAUGAAGCGCGGCGAACUUUUCUGGGAGUCUCUGACCCAAAAGGGCACACCCAUGUCCGAGGGGCUCCUUCAAUGGUGCCUGGGUCACAUGCACUCUCAAUUGCCUGGCCGCGAAGAUCUGUGGAGGAAGCUGACUCCCGAGUACGCCCCGGGAUGUAAGCGCAUCUUGAUCACGAACGACUUUUAUCCUCAACUUUUGAGAGACAACGUCGACCUCGAGACGGCGACGAUCCGCGAGAUCAAUGAACAUGGUGUCAUUCUGGCAGACGGAAGAACAAUUGACCUCGACUGUCUAGUGCUGGCGACAGGGUUCCAGACCCGUGACCUGCUCGGCUCGCUGUCUAUACAGGGUGUCGAGAAAUCACAGACUCUUCAGACGAGAUGGCAACAGGAGGGAGUGCGUACGCUCUACGGGGUCGCCGCCGAGGGCGCGCCCAAUUUCGGAAUGCUCUACGGACCCAACACGAACCUCGCCCACAACUCGAUCAUCCUGAUGGUCGAAGCUCAAGCAAAGUACAUCGAGCGUCUCGUGUCGAAGGUUUCUUCCUACAGACAGGCCGGUCGGCGUUUGACUGUCCUUCCCCGGCCGAACCGAGUCAGAGAAUACAAUGAAUACGUGCAGAAACAACUGUCGGAGACCUCAUUUGCGGACAACAAGUGUCAAAGCUGGUACAAGACAGCAGAUGGAACCAUCACAAACAAUUGGGGAGGGAAUGUUGUCGACUACCAGACGAUGCUUUCAAGGCUGAACUGGGCCGAUUAUGACUUGGAAGGCCCCGGUACAGACACAUUUGCAAGUAAAGCGAUCGAUAUCGGUCGAGUGGUCGAAGAGAAGAGUUCCAUGGGCGCAUGGUCAGUGAUGGCUACGGUAGGAGCUAUGUUGGGGCUCUUUGCACUCUUUUUUAAUUAG